GUUGUAUUCGCUAAUGUGUAGAUGCUAUAAGACGUAAAAGAGUAGUACGUAUCAAUAAAUGAUUUUUUAGAACCAUAAUUUAAAACAGUGAAUCACAGUGAAUUUAAAUUUACAUUUUACAAUGAUUGAAAUAAUUGUUUAUAUUAUCAUUGUUGCUUUUAUGGUGAUGUGGUGUUAUUUCAAAUGGCAUAACAGACGUUUUGAAAAAUUGGCAGCUAGAAUGCCGGGACCUUCAGGGUACCCGAUAAUUGGAGUAGGAUAUCAGUUUAUUGGCUCGUCAGAACAGAUUAUGAGCAAAAUAAUUGAUUAUGAGAAAGAUUAUAAUCUUGAGCCAUUUAGUGCAUGGAUUGGACMAUAUUUUAUAGUUGUCAUUGUUAAACCAGAAGACCUACAGAUUAUCUUAAAUAGUUCAAAGUCUCUUCAGAAAGGCCAUUUGUACGAAUUUUUCAAGAAUAUUGCAGGUGAAGGUUUAUUUACUGCACCAGUUGACAAAUGGCGGAGACAUCGUCGCAUGAUAUCUCCUUUGUUUAAUGGCAAACUUUUGGAACAAUUUUUCCCAGUAUUUAUYGAGAAAAACGAAAUACUUGUUAAGAGUGUCGCGAAACAAUUAAAUGAAACACACGCAUUCGAUCUCUGGGACUAUAUUGCACCAGCUGCACUUGAUACUAUUUGUCAAAACGCCAUGGGUUACAAUCUUGACACCCAAUCAAAAACAAAAGAAUGUGAAUUUUCCGAAGCAAUAUUAAAAGCAUCAGAUUUAGACGGGAUGCGAAUUUACAAACCAUGGUUAUAUCCAAAUGUCGUGUUUUCAAUUUAUUUAUUACUCACUGGUCAGCAAAGAGUCUUCGAAACAGUGGAAACAUUUUCAUUACAAGUAAUCAAUAAAAAGAAAGAGGAAUUUGACCUGAGAAAAAAAGCAAUUGAUGCUAAAACAAACGUUAACAACAACAAUGAAAAUCAAUCAAAACUAUUUUUGGACACAUUAUUUGAACUGAACAAUAAUGGUGGAAACUUUUCAGAUUCUGAUAUUCGCGACGAGGUUGUAACCAUGUUGAUAGGGGGUAGUGAAACCAGUGCAAUUACAGUCUGUUUUUGUCUUUUGAUAUUAGCCAUAGAACAAGAAAUCCAAAAUAAAGUAUACGACGAAAUUUACGAUAUAUUUGGUGAAAGUGACCAAACAAUCACUAUUGAAGACACUACUAGACUUGUGUAUUUAGAACAAGUGAUAAAAGAAACUCUUCGGAUAUACCCUGUAGGGCCAAUGUUACUGAGAGAAGUUCAAGAAGAUCUUAAAAUAUUUUCAAGUGAUUAUGUACUACCUAAAGGAACAACGUGUGUUAUAAGCCCAAUAGGAACACAUCAUAGUCCUGAUUUGUACCCAAAUCCUUGGACUUUUAACCCUGAAAACUUCAACCCAGAAAAUGUCGCUAAACGUCAUAGAUAUAGCUUCAUUCCUUUUAKUGGUGGUCCAAGAGGUUGCAUAGGAUCCAAAUAUGCCAUGUUGUCGAUGAAAGUUACUGUGUCAACGUUUUUACGAAAUUUUAGCGUACAUACAGAUAUCAAAUUAACAGACAUAAAGUUAAAAUUAGGUUUGCUGAUGAGAAGUGUUGAUGGUUAUCCUGUUACGAUUCGACCACGAGACAAAAGACCAACAUUUGAGCGAAAUCAGCGUCCACUAGAAUAAUGGCCAAUUGGUUAAUCAGAUUAAAUUAUUUUUUAUAUGACAGUGUUAGAUAUCAAUAUAUUAAUGUGUGGCUUGGUAAGGCAC